CUGCAGUGCUGUCAAUCUCAGCUGUUUUAUGUUUUUGUUUGUAGUUAACAAGUCUGCCUCUUUCAGGUGAUAAUAAAAUUGUUUUUCCGACUCGAAACGUUUAUUCUGCAAAUUGAUCACUGAUUCCGCUGAAGGUAGUUUAUCUUUCCUGUUAGACUGACUGAGCGAUUCCAGCUAAGUGACUAUUGGUAGAGAUGGCUCAAGCGCUUCUGGCAGCAUGUGGUCUAGACGGACAAAACCUUCCUCCGGGCCUCACUCUUGUUCGGCAACAUUCGGCAGUCGACGGUAGCUUCCUGAUAGCAGCUGUUCUGGGGAAUCGUCUCAAAGUGUCCCGCGACGAACGAGUUCUACUGAUUGCAGCUCACCACAACUAUAGCCACUACAGCAGUGCCUGCCUAAAGUUAGCUUACAACCUGGGACCGGCUCGAGAUUCUGGACAGUUGCAUUUUUUUGAUGUUAGUGCGGAGGUCGCUCGACUUUAUCCCGUAUGUCCUGAUUUAAGAACUAUUCGGAGGUGUAUCACGGCAUUUUUGGAACAAUCACCGGGAGCGACAGUACUAAUAGAUGAUCUCACUUUUCUUCUCAGCUAUGGUCAUACCGAGUCAGAAUUGAUUAACUUGGUAGAAGACUUAGUUUUAUUGCCAAACAAACACUCAAUCGUAAUAAAAUUGAAUACGGCCGAACUGUUCGAUUGGCUUUGUGACAAUUUGGUUGAUAUGGCUGAGAUCGAGAUACGGCUAGAGCAACUUACUUCCGGCAAUUUCCGAGAAGUCGAUGGACGAUUUAGCGUGAGUCGAAUUAACCGGCGGGAGAAUUCACUAAUUAACAUGAGGACGAUGGACAAACCGUUACUGUAUAAGGUAAAUGAUAGAAGCAUCAAAGUUUUCGUACCUGGAGAAGUGGGCAUCAAGCAUGUGUGAGCGUCGGGAGAAAUACACAAUAAAUUAAAAUUAAAAUUUA